CCCUUGUUUCGCCAAAAGACCCCUAUCUUUUUAGAUACAGUGAGGUCUCCCAUCCCAAGCGCAGUAUGUGGCUUACACUGGCGGCCCUUCUGACUCUGUGUGCGACGGGGAGAAGUGCGGAAAACAGUGCUGUGGAGGAAAAGCUUCUUAUAGCCAGAGGAAAACUUAUGGCUCCCAGUGUCGUGGGAUGAUCCAUAAAGAAGAUGCCAGAGCUCUAUGAUUUCCUGAUGGAGCGAUGGGCACUUUAUCAUAACCUGGAGUAUGAUUCAGGAGAGGAAAAAAACCCACGGCUGAUCUUCUACAACGAUAAGGAUGAGGAAGUGAAGGUUGUUCCAGUGCAGAAGAUGAAGGCAGAUGAGAUCAGCAGCUUGCUGGAUUCUCUGGGUUUCUAUAAAAGGUCACAGAAAGGCGAGGAAAUCCCUGAGGAGUUCAAACAUUUCCCAUUAAACGCGCCUCGGGACGAACUGUGACACCCGCUGGUCAGCGCCGGUACUGCAGCCUGCCGUAAAUGACGUCCAGGGUCGCAAAGUUCAGAAACAGAAACUGACUCUGGACCGACACACACAUGGCUGGAGGCAGUUUGGCGCAUCACUGUCCUAAUCAUAGAUAUCUUACAAUAAA